AUGAUAACAGACAGUCCCUCUCAAAAACGUUCAAAUAAGGAGAACUCUCCAAAAUAUUUCUCUAUCACUCGAUAAAGCAAUAUCUCACAUAAAAUAAUCAAUGAAGUCUUGAAUAGUGGAUCAGACUAUCUUUAUGAUUAAAUGGAACAGAUUGAUCUCAAAAUUAUGCAAUAUUAAUGUAAUAUCAAAUAAAAAAUUACAACUCUCUUAAAUGAGUCAACUACAUCUUAAGAUUAAUCAAAUUAUCAAAAAAAACUAUAGGAUUUAAGGAUUGAAGAAUAAAAGUAUGAAUAAUAAAUAAAUUAGUUAUCAGCAAAUGUAAAAUGAUUUAGAUAGACAAUAAACAAUUGUUUAUGAUUACUAUGAAACAGAGUUUAAUAAACUUAAAACCCAAUAUGAAUUCAUUGAUUAGGAACAUCAAUAAUUUCUUAAAGAGCGUAAUAAUGUUUAAGAUACUUAUAAUCAGUAUUUAGAAACAAAAGCAUUAUUGUAAGAGGAUUUAAAUGGUAAACUAUUAUAAAGGGCUGAACUUGUUGGUUAAAAAGAAGAACUUGAAGAAUUUGUUGAAUAAAUUAAAAAUGAAAACCCUUAACUCACAGAUCUGGUUGAAUAAAUUUAUAAUUGCAAUUAAUAAGUUAAAGAUAUUGAUUAAAAUAUAUUAUCAGUUGCUAAUCAUAUUUAGAAUUUAUAAUAAUAGCAAGAAAAUAAAAAAAAAUAAUUAGCAUCAUUUCAUCAAACUACAUUACUUGAAGUUUAAUUUCAUCAGUAAAGUUAAAAAGUAAAAGCUUUAAAAAAUAAAAUUGUACCAAUUCAGAAGAGUUUAAAUUUAUAGCAUCCUGACUCAAUUCUUAAUGAAUUUAUAAAUUCUUUUGGAGGUUCUCAAUUUCAUUUAGAAUCUAUUGAAUUUUAAACUAAAUUAUAAACAUUUACUUAGCAAUUUAGAAAUAAUUUAUUUAAAUAAGGCAAUUAAGGUAAUAAUUGGGGAAGCAUGAAAGAGUUUGUAAUUUAAUUAGAAUUAUUUAUACUAGCGUCUCUUUAACAAAAAUUGAUCUUAAAUUAAUUAUCAGUAAACAUUAAAAAAUAAUUUUAGGAUAUGAAAAAUGCUUUAAAAUAACAUGGAGACGAAUUAUUGUUAUCAAAUGAGGUAUGCUCAAUUGAUUAUUAAGUUGAAGUCAAGAAAUAAUAAAUUAGAGAACUGGAAGAUGAUAAAUCUUCAUUAGAUUACAAAAGAGAAAUGUAAUAAAUUUUAAUAUUAUUAAAUUUAGAUUUUAUGAGAAAUUUCAAGAUAGAAUUCGAUAAUAAACUGAAGAUGCUUUUCUUUAGUAUUAGGAACAAAACGAAGAUAAAUUAAAUUGUAUUAAAUCAGAAUAUGGGAAUUCAGAAUAUAAAUCGAUUCUUGAUUAAACAUAUAAGGAAAUGUAAAAGUUGAUGCAAGAUUAAGAAGAGGUAAUAUAUCAAUAGAAUUUAGGAACAAUUUAAUAAUACAAUGAAAUUAAUUAGUCAGUAUUACCUUUAAGAUUAAGCAAUAAAAAUGAAUAUUCAAAUGGUAGAUUAAGAAAUACUGCCUCAACUAAAGAAUAUUUCAUAAUAAAUUUAGAAAGCGAAAAAAGAUCUAGAGAAAGUAAGUGGAAAUGAUAAACAGAUUUUUGAAAAAUAAAAUAAAGUAGAAUAGGAAAUAUAGGCACUAGAAUAGGAAUUUAAAAAAAAGAUUGAGUAAUUUAAUGAAUAAGAGAUAGAAAUUUAAAAAUAAUUGAAUUUAGUAAAACAAGCAAUAGAAACAACUCAAGAAUAAUUAUUAUCAAAAGGUAAGCCUAACAAGGCAUUAUUGGAAUAAGAGAUAUUAUAAUUGAAUAAUCUAUUAACUCAAUUAUAAGAAUAGAAGAAAUAAUUAGAAGGUGUUUAGUUUUAAUUUAGUAAAUCACCAUAAAGAGUUGAUGUAAAUAGAAAAAGCUCAAAUGGAGGUAUUUUGGCAAUAUCAAAGUCUUUAAACUAAUUUACAAAAAUGAGAAAAGAACCAACAGUAACUAGUUUUAAUAACAGUAUAGUGAAAGGUAUUACACCAACAAAAGAUGCAUCUAAUCUUUAUCUGAUUAAUAAGUUUGCAAAAUAAACAAAUUGCAAGAGUUCUUAAGAAUUGAGACUUAAAUCAAACAUUUCAAUCAAAUAGAUUAAAUGA